AGCUGGGGAUUCUGUAGGAGUACUGAUUGUCAGUGAGUCGAGUGCAGUCGUGGAGAGCAAAAGUCGAGGAGAGUUGCACGUUUGGGCCAGAGAGAAAGAGAGGGCUUUGACAAGAGAAUUUUGUGCAGUUUUUUUUUUAGUACAACCAUCUCUAAUUUCUUCCUUCUGUUCAAACCCGAAACACCUCAAGAAUCGAUUUCUCAUAUUUUUUUUUCGGUGCCUAUAUACGAAAUUCAAGAACCGGAGGAUCGGAUAAAUGGAGAGAAACUAUUAGUGAAAUUGGACUGAAAAUAAGUUGGUGGUUAGUAGUGGAGAUUGUAUGUACUAGUGAUUGACAAAGAACUUACUGCCCUAUGAUUGGAAGACUCUUGCACCAUAUUUAUAAGUAAAUAAUGUAUAGUCUGGCUAUUUAAAGGGCUCUUCUAUCAUUAGACCGAUUUCGAGGAAAAAUUCAACAUUUUGAUGCUAUUUUAGAGCCCCAUUGAGCUCCUCUCACUCUGAAUUCAGUGAAAAUUUCUCAUGAGAACAGUCCACAUCAUUCAAUCGAGAAGUGCAGCUUUUCAGAGUGCACUGAACUACCACUAGAAUUAAGAAUAGUGGCGAGGAACAACAAAAAAAAAAGAAAUGAGAGCAGAGAGAGAGACUUUCAACUCUCAGAUAUUUUUCCACUUUUCACAUCGAUAUUUUCCUCAUUGAAGAAUUUUCUUUUUUUUGAAAAAAGAAGUUUUCAGUCUUGAUCCCGAUGGUCAAUUGAAAAGGAUAACAAAAUAGUUUUCCCGGAAAAAACAAUCAUCUUUUUUUGGACAAAAAUUGUAGAGAAUUUUCCGGAUUUUCAGGCCUCAUUUUCCAUCGAUUCAAAAACAUACUGAGAGAGAAAAUAGAGCAAGAGAGAGAGAGAAGGAGAAUGUGAGAAGAAUUGUCGAAACAACCUUUUUUAGAGCAUAUUGCAAUUGAGAUGGAAAUUGUAUGAUAUACCUGGAGGAAGAAAAUAAUGAUGUGAAAAUUUUUGUGAUAAAUCUCAGAAAAGGAAGAGAGGAGUUGAAACUGUGAUUUUGUAUUUGGUGCAAUAAGGAAGGAUAAUUUUCUGCAAUAUCAUUUAAAAGAAUUCUCCCUAAAAAGGGAAUUUUGUCUUUGGAAAAGAAAAGAAAAGGCCGGAAGUGUACGUUUGAGAGCUUUCAAGAAUUUUUCUGUUGAACGAAAAAGAAAUUGAUCGAGGGAAAAAAUGUUGAAAUAUUUAACACAUAAGCUACGAACACAAUCAAUAAAUGAGGAUAACAUCAAUGAAAAGAUUGACGGACAUGAUUCAGGGACUGAAUCAGAUGAUGGUGAUUUAGAUGCUGAAAAUAUUUACCACGAAACAGAUAUGGAAUACAGCAUGAGUUCCCGACACGACACCACAUCUCCAACGGACACUGCUUGCUCCUCCGAGUCUCCAGCCUUCGUCAAUGCAUCACACUUAAUGUAUGAUCAGCAUAGCUCGGAGGAGGAACUAGAGGUGAUCAAUGGACCAGCGGAGGCUGCCAUCAAUCCUACAAUAUUCGAUGAUGACUCCCCUAAGAGAUCCAGUUCCACACUCAUUGAGAAGAGAAAGAGAUCCUUAGCCCACAGUUCGGAUGAGGAGGUAAGAAAUCUCCUGGAACAUGUCCAGGCCCCUGUCAAUUUUCGCACAUCGCCCCCAUUGGAGGCUCUGAAGCCCCAACGUGGUCACCUACACUCACUACACGUGCAGCAGCAACGUGCCACGACACCCCUCGUGCUCACAGAGUCUGGGCGCGGUAUCGAAAGUAUUAGGAUUUCAUGUGAUAGUCCCAUCGUGCCGAUGGACGUUGUCCGUUCGAUUAGUCCGCCGGCGAAAUUGUUCCACUGUGCUGUCUCUCCAAGACGGCGUCCACCCCAGCGACCCCAGAGGCAGCAGAGACUCCAUAGGCCCUGCCUGGACUUUGAUAAAAUGCAACAGCUUAAAGCAAGAUCAGUGACUGCCUGGAGGCACGAUACGGAACACAGUGGUGAAUUUCCUGUUUUCUGUUGGUGAUGAAGUGUCUUCAAAUCUCAAAGAAUACCACUGGCGGAGAUGCUGACAAAUCCUCCGGCCGGUUGACUCAAUGCGCGUGUCAUUUCAAAUUCGCACAGAUUUUAUCAAAUCAAUAGACAAACUAUCCCCUCAAUAAGAUCGUUCUUGUGACUUGAUCACUUUCCUUUUCAAUUCAAUGGAAAAAAACACAAAUAAAGUAAAAGAAAUGUGCAAUUUUAACACAUUUUUUUUAAUAGAAACAGAAAAUCUGGAUAAAACACAAUUCAAUAAAAUUGAUCUCCUUAAUUGACUGAGGAGAUUCUUAUUUGUAAUAUUCUUAUAGAAAUCGUAAUAAAUAAGAGACAACUCAUGAAAGAGACUAGAAUUUGUAGAGAGAAAGUUUAUGAGAUUUUCAGAAUGAUCUUUUUGCUCAUGUGAGAGAAUGUUGAUUUUUUUUUAAAUUUAAAUUGUAAAUGCAGGAAAAUGUUACUCAUGACGCAAUGGCUAACAAUCAAUUUUUUUCUGUAGGAAGAAGAAAAAAUAAUAAAUGGCUCAUUGAGAGUGAAAGUGGCUCAAUUUGAUCGCCUGACUUUGUAUGUCCUAUUCAGAUGAAAAAAAAGCUGUAUCAUGAUGUUUGUUAGGAUUUUUGUAUAAAUUUAAGGCAACCUUAACAAACAUCAAUUGAAACUUUUUUAAAAAAAUAAUAUUGUUAUGGACAUUUUCGUCAUUGACCAACGAUUGCAAUUUUCCCAUUAGAGAAGCUGUUAAAGAUUCAAUUUGCAAGGACAUUGUUAAAGAAAUGCAUAAAGUACUAUCGCACAAAAUUAAACCAGGGAAUUUGUUAGGCAUCAAAAUAAGUGUCAAGAUACUUGUUAAUAUAACUAAUAUUUAAAUAAUUAAAUAGCUGAACAUCCGAUAGCAGUCUUUGAAGAACGCGGACAACCGAUAAACAACUACAGAGCACUAAUUUUAUUAAUUUUUUUCUAGUAUUAACGUUAAUAGUUGAUCUUUAAAAAAAAACAACUUCAGUGCUGUAUACUAAUCUUUAAAAAUAUCAGCGGCAUCAAACUCCAAUCUUUUGCAAAAAUUAAUACAAAAUCACAAAUAGGAGAAACUGGGGCAGACCCGCACAAGGGCACUUUCAAAUACUUCGAUUUAAUCAUUAGAAGUCCAGAGGGCAAAAUCAUCGCUUAAAAUAACUAAAAAUUAAAUUUUCUUUUGAAAAAAAGUUUAUCUUGAUAUAUUAUCGAUAUAAAAAUUACUUAUAGGGUAACGUGUGGUAUUUUGGGACACUUUUUAGCACUUUUAAGUUUCAAACAGCUUAACAACUUCUCAUGCAUUUUUUUUUCUUUGUUGAUACAAAUAUUUAUGUCCCUUAUUCUACCCAGAAUAAGACUCUAAUCGAAAAAUAUUGAAAAAAGCAUCAUUUUUUAUACAAAAUAGCAAAAAAUGUAAGGAAAAGAGUGGUAUAUUUCGGGACAGUUGGGUAUUUCGGGACAGACAAAAGUUGCUAUUAUGCAAAUAAAUUUCAUCGAGCCUGAUUAUUUCUUCAAGUAAAAGUUCUAAACUUCACUCUUUCAUAAAAAUUUUGUUUAAAUUUCACUUUUAAAGUGACUUAAAUCGAAAAAAACUAAGAUCUGUUUGUGUUGACAUCUGCAAAAUUGACCACACUGAAGGAUUUGUAAAAAGUGGAAUGUGAUACUCACAAUUCACGCGUAUUUCACACUUUAAAUUAAAUAAAAUUUCAGAAGUUUUAUGUUUGUCUGAUACGUAAAGAGCUUAAUAUUUCAUACAGAACUUAAAAAUAAUUAGAAAAUAAAUAUUUAUAGGAUUUUUGAUGCGUCACAAAAUACCAAUGUUAUGUCCCGAAAAGCACCUUGUCCAGAAAUACCACAUGUUACCCUAAGAGUUCAAUUCUGAAUUAAAAAAAAAAUAGUUUUUAACUUUUUCUUAAAAUAAAUAUUUUUUGUUUUACUGUCUUUGGUAAAAGAAAAGCGUUAUAAACCAAAUUAUGCAGUUUCAUGUAGAAAAAUUAUAUCUCGUAAAAUUAGAAGAAAUUUUAGAAAACGAAAUGUUUCAAUUCUCGAAAGAAACUGUGUUAUUCGUUUUAUUUUAUUUUUUCGGUCUUAGUCGAUUUGGAAAUAUUUAUGUUUUUUAUUAGAACAUUUAAUAGGUCUUCAUUCUUAUAAGCUCAACAAUUUUCUUAAAUUUUUUUCAUAAAAACUACUUCUUGGAAAAUCUGCAGGGUAUAUUCGGCCUAUAGAGAACGCAAUAAUUAAUUAAUUUUUGGCUUUAGAGAUAGAGAGAAUUGGGGCUACAUUGAAGGUGGAGCUGCAUUGAAAACGCAAAAGCGUCAGUCAAUAAGUCCGUAGGAUGACACAUAGAUAGCGCCAUUAACAAAAAAUCUUGAUAUAGCCAUCUUUCAAAUGAUAUAUGUCAAAAUUUGACAGAAUUCGGUCAAUUUGAUUUUCAAUCUUGGCCUCUACACGUUGGGAGCAAUUUUCGUAAAAAAACGGUUUUUUGAAGAAAAUUUCCUGUAGUACUAUACAACAAAAUUCUGUCAAAAAUGCAAUUUUUGUCGAAAAUUGUUCCCAUUGUGUAGACAUCUUUACAUGUGAUAGAAGCAACCAAACUAAGGAUUCUGUUUUGAAAUAGAAAAUUCUAAUUUAUGUUUUUUGAUUAAGCAUUACUCAUUUCGUUCCUAAAAAGUCGUACGUUUCAUAGUACAUUUUGUAUGAAAAAAUCUACAACUUUUUUCGGAACCUUCAGAACAGAGGGUGUAUUAUUUAUGUAAAAAACCGAUAAACCAAUCCAAUUCAAAACUAGAUAAAUAUUAACCGGAAUCUUCACCAUUAAUUAGGACAAUUAAGAUUUGCUUUCCAGACUUGCGUUGUGGAAUUUCAGCGAACGAACUGGUACUUAAAAAUGGUACUUAAGUACCAGUCCGUUCGCAGUCAGUCCGCAGAAAAUAGAGAAAUUAGUGACGGAAAUCCUAAAGAAAACACCAACCAAGAACCACUGAGGAAGACACGAUAAAGCGGUCUUCAGACUAAAGGUUUAGCCCAGUUUCCGAAGAUUUCAAAAUCCUAAAUUGCAACCAAUUUUAUUGCUUUUUUUAAGAAUUUAAUAGGUCAUUUGCGCUUAAUAAUCCAAUCCUAAGGUAAAUUUUUCCAGAAAAUCUUGAUUAAUGAAAAAUUAGAGCAGUCAAUGCAUAUGGCUAAGUCUCGGGUCUGAAGCCCGUAUAAGUGUCGAAAGCUCUGAUGAAAUUGUGUGUUUGAUUCGUAAGAUUUGUACAACAGAUUUCUACGCUCACCGGAAGGACAGAUUGUCCUGAAAAACCUAGCUCAGUUGCACCGCCGUCGGUUAUCCCUUUAUAAAUUAAAUUCCGGCUAAAUCCAGCUUCCUUUACAAAUAUGUAAUAAUAAUUUCAUUGUAAAUCCAGGUUUAAUGUAGCCUGACUUGCCCCUAUGAAAUUUAAUUUUUAAAGACGUAAAAAUAUUGUCGAUUGCGGCUACCUCUGUCGUAUCUGCAUUUGUUUUGUAUCUGCAUUUGGUGCAAGCUACAAUUACUCUUGCGUGAAAUGCUGACACAAAAGAAAUGCAGAUACGACAGAGGUAGACGCAACCGACGAUAUCUAAAAUCGACAUACGCCAGUUUCCUAAAAAUAAAAGGUGCGAUAUACUUAUCCUUCUUAUUUAAAAACAAUAAAAUAUACGCUGCAUUUAUAUUCAACUUUCAAUCCGGAUGAUUGGGAGUAAAAAUGACAAGUAAAUGAGAAUUUUUGAAUUUGUCAAAGACCUGACAACUGUCAUUCGGAUAUCGAAUAUUUGGGGCUCGGCGUUUCUUGUUGUUUCGUUAGAAAUACUCUCAUACGAGAGUUCACAGAAACAUCAAGCUGACGAUAGAUCAAUUGCUGACAAAAGAGUGCAGUCCUGCCUUAGUUUCCUCUAUGCAUCUUUCAAUGGAAAUUCAUAGGGACGAUUAAGUGGAAAAAUUACCACAUUAGAAAUUUGUAAAGGGAUUAAAAAUCCAUUCUUGAUUAAACAGUAUACUCGGAGUUUAAAUACCCCAAAAAAGAUUAAUUGAAAUGCUUAAACAAAACAUUAGAAUGUAAAAAAAAUGUUAAUAAAUGAUAGGCCUACAGGAUUAUUUUCUACCUUGUGCCACUUUUGUCCUCCAUGAGCACCCCCGACAAAGCGAUAUAAACUAAGUGGAAAUCUCUCUUCUAGUCAGAGUCAGGUAUUUAAAGUAGACUAAUUAAAAGAUGAAAGAAAAAAAAUAUUGUGUCAUUUUAGUAAAUUUCUACAAAAAAAAGAAGAAAUACACAUUGGAUGUAGAGAUAACAAUUGAUUGCAAUUAAAUUAAUCCAAUAUUGAAGAAAAAGAAUUUUGCAUAAAGAAGAAAAACAAAUUGUGAGGAAAUACCCCCAAAAAAAAAUAGUAAUCAAUAAAAUAUGCAUUUACUAAUGAACGGUGUCCAUUUAGACAAGUUUGAAACAGUGGAAAAAAUGAAAUUCAAGUAAACACAAUUUAUGAGAAAUUUUUGAAAAAAAAUAAUAGCAAGAGAGAGAAAUGGAGAAAAAUCAAUUAAACUGUAUAGUAGAAAUUAUUGAAAGAAAUAAGUUAAAAUAAAAAAAAACGAAAGUGAAUUUAGAAAUAUUGUGAAAAGAAAAUAAUUAAUCUAACAGAUAUGCGAGAGAGACUGUUUAUGAAUAUUAACAAACAAAAAAUAUUUUACACUUCUAAAAAAAACAACAAACAUUAAAAGAAUGAAAACUAAUUAUAGUGUAAAAAAAACACGAGUAAAAUUAGAAUUUCAAAGUGAAGAAAAUACUGUAAGCAUUGUAAAAAAAAUAAAUAAUAAGUCAUACAAUUGAUUUUAUAUUCUUAAAAGAUUUACUAGUGAUUAUAGAAGAGUUAAUAGUGAAUAUUGAUCUUACUGGAAGAUUCGAAAAAAAAGGAAAGAAUAAUAAAAGAAAACAAUUCAACUCAUGCACACAAGAAAGAAUCAAAUGUCUAAAAACUGGAUAUAUUUACUACAAUUAAACAUAACUAUUGUUUCUAUUGAAGGAAAAGAAAAAUCAUAAAAUUAAGUAAAAAAAGUAAAGAAAAAAACAAGUAGCUUGACGAAGAAAAUUUCAAUUGAGAGAACAUGCCAGAGUAAAUACGUAUCUUUAAUUGAAAGAGACAGAAUGAUAUAAAAAAUAUGUGUUGUAAAUAACGUAGAGAUGAAAUUUGUUGUAAACUAUGGCUUAAAUAUUUUAUAUAAUAGAAGUAUCUUUUGUUUAAGGAUUAAUAAAAAGAUGGUAAAAUAUUCAAACAUGAAAA